AUGAAUACCACAUUGCAAAGUGGUGUCUUGAGCCCGACUGAGCCCAGCGGCACCUACGACGGAAUUCCCCAGGCUGUCUUCGAUGUCACCUCGGUCUACCUGGGUCUUCUCACCUUCUUUGGUAUCUUUAACAACGGGCUGGUUCUCGUCUUGUAUACCCGGUACAAGACCCUGCGGAAUCCUGUCAAUCUCUUCUUGAUAAAUAUCAGCGUCGGCGACCUGAGCGUGUCGGUGCUCGGAAGUCCCUUCACGUUCGCCGCUAAUGUUGCCCGGAGGUGGAUAUUUAGCGCCGGGGGCUGUACCUGGUACGCCUUCAUCGUCACGGUUUGUGAUUCUCGGCGUUGUAUUGUUGAAGAGGAAAACAAACUUGAAGGAACCGAGCAGAUUGUGUCGCUGGCUGCGGUGUCAGUCCACCGGUGCUGCCUCGUAGUGCGACCCUUCACAGCUCAGAAGAUGACACUGCGUUGGGCCCUGAUCUUCAUUUCUAUGACAUGGGCCUACUCCUUGAUCGUAUCCCUUCCUCCAGCCAUGGGAUGGAACUCUUAUGUCUUGGAAGGAACUGGGACAGCAUGCUCGGUAGACUGGACGUCGAGCGAUCCUGGAGAUUCCUCUUACAUCAUUUUCAUUUUCGUCAUGGUUCUGGUCAUCCCUUUAUCUCUGAUUGUAGGCUCGUACACCCUACUCCUUUAUGCCGUCAAAAAGAUCGCAUCCAGCGAGGCAGCGCGAUCUUCCCAGCACAAAGCCGACAAGAAAGUCACCAUUAUGGUUGUCGUCAUGAUCACGUGCUUUCUGGUAGCCUGGACGCCAUACAGUGCGUUUUCUCUCUACGUAACUGCCAGCAAGGAUAACACUAUCUCGCCAGUCGCAGCCUCGGUGCCGGCCAUGUUUGCCAAAGCCUGCACCGUGUAUAAUCCGAUCAUCUACUUUCUGUUAAAUCAACAGUUCAAGGAUGCUCUUAUUGAUAUGAUGUGCUGUGGACGCAAUCCAUUCGCAAAUGAUGACAACCAAGACAACACACCACGAACGCAAGCGGCCAGGCGAGAGGCAUCGAGGACCGGAGGUGUGACAGGUGCCACGGUUAGACGCGGACGUCAGGAGAUCUCGGCCAGCAUGGACACGCAGAUGUCCGAGGUCGGGGUAACUCCGGCCAUGCAGCGGCGCCACAUCAAGAUAGCAGACUGGGGCGCCAAGGGCUCCAUGGAGGAUCAGCCCGGCGAAGAGAAGAAAGAAGAGGGCGCAGCUACGGCAGGCGUGACGGAGACGCCCGUAGAGGCCUUUCGGGUGGACGAAAAGGCUUCCGACGAGCUCCCAGCCAAGAAAGAAGUAGUCAAAAAGCACAGCCGGGGUUUUCAUAAAAGCAGCAAGAUUUGUCCGGUUGAACAACCCGAUGUUGAGGAGGUAUGAAAGGGUGGUUGUGUCUAUAGUUUCGCCCGUGACAGACACUUUGAGACGUCUGAAAAUUCGUGCAGUGCUGCUGAAGGUCUGAAACCUUCAGUUUAAAUACGUGAGUUUGCACCUGUUUCUUGUCAAAUUCACUAUUCCGUACCAGAAAUCGUGCAAAGUUGAUACAGUGCUCAAAGAAAUUAACAGUUUUGUUCGACUGCACAACGGAACCAUUUUCAAUAAAUGCAUGUCUUGAUCUUGGUAUAAGAGUUUGAUAAAUUGGCAUAAACGCGUGUGUAUUAAAUAACCAAUACGUUCCAGAGUCUAAAGUCUGUAUCACGCACGUUCAUGGUAUUUAUAGCCAAAGUGCAAAUGCGUAAGAUUUUGGCUCACUAGCAUAGCAUUAAAAGGCGGUGUUUGAUAUCGCGCGCUUGGGUUGUAAAAUCGUCUUUGUCGAUGAAUUUUUCAGGAAAGAGGGCAAAAACAAUAGGAUGUUUUAUAAUAAAGCCAAAAUUCAUGAAGCGUAUUUUUUUUAGUGGGAUUGCUGUCAUGCCUGCCUCAGACAGUGUUUUCCCUUUUUCACUUUAGAAAGAAAUGAGUGGUGCCAGUUUUAAUAAUUUUCUACUCUUAAAUAUUAAGGUUUCCCGGUGAAAAAGCAGACAUCUUGAAAGCUGGAAGAGUUUCUGAAUCGAUAAAAAUUGUGCAAAAUAAGUUCAAAUUUUACCUAAAUUAGAAUGCAAAAAUCAAUCACCAAUCUCAUUCAUUUCAAUUUACUGUCUCGAGACAUUUUCCAGUGUUAAUGCUUAGCCGAGGUUGUAAUUAAAAUGAAUGUCCUUCUAUCAAGUGUGUGCAAUUUUUAGGCUCACUCACUGGUAGCAAAUCGUGUGUCAAGAACCCACUUCGUGGCACUGGGUGUAGGCCCACUACAUUUUGUAAUGCUGGACUCGUCGAUGACGACGUCGGGGUACCCGUACUGGUCAGUAUCUGUAGUUCAUAAAUACGGUUAUGAAAGGUAACGAUGCCAAACAAAAUAAAGGAGAUCAUCAGCUCGGUAUUUGUUUAUCCUAUUUUGGUGUUAAGAAUCGAUACCAACUGCUUUUAAAUUCACGUUUAACCAGUCGGAUACAAUUUUGGGGUAAUUGGAUAGGACGUAAUUUAUAAACUACCGGUAUUUCUUCAUUUAUGAAAUAAAACCGUGCAGAAUUUUUGUGAUUUUGAUUUAUUUCGAGUGAAAAGGUCAAUUGUUAAUUUGUUUGUACGACUUCUCAAAUUCAGUAACUAUAAACAGAUCUUAAGAAUCAACGAAAAUAUGCGGUUUUUGUUGUGUCGAGCGAUGGUUGUUUGAAAAUUCAUUUCCUGAUUGUAGAUUUUGUUUUUCGGGAGCUUAGGGCGCAUGCGCUUGCGACAAACGUUGUCUCAACGAGGCGGGGGCACACGAGGUAUAGAGUAUCCAACAGCGGAGAACCGUCAAGACCUGCGGAGUAUUUUCACGUUUUGAGAGGCACUUGUAGUUUGCUUGCUUGCUAUGUCUAAUUCCGAGUGAGUGGCCCGGCGCCCCACAGAGAGGAAGUUCCCAGGGGGUAGCGGUAAAUUUGUCCCUUCAUUCGUAAGGAGAGCGGCACUAUUCAGCCGGCGCCUUUCGUC